AUGGAGGUCGAAGAAGAAGACAUUGAUACAAAACAACAAGAACAAGAAACAAGCAGAAAGCUACAAAGAUUCGCUUCAGACACAGAAAUGAGGAACUGGAACAAUCCAUCAUCAAGAAUCAUUAGGGUUUCUAGAGCUUCUGGUGGUAAAGACAGACAUAGCAAAGUCUUAACAUCAAAAGGUUUAAGAGAUCGAAGAAUCCGUCUCUCUGUAGCAACAGCUAUACAGUUCUAUGAUCUUCAAGAUCGUCUUGGAUUUGAUCAACCAAGUAAAGCUGUUGAAUGGUUAAUCAAUGCAGCUUCUGAGUCAAUCUCUCAUCUUCCUUCACUCAACACAAAUUUCAAUGACCACCAAACACAAACUGAUCAUCAGAACCAGAAUCAGACCAAAUCUGCUUGUAGUAGUGGAACAUCAGAGACAAAAUCCAUCUUUUACUCAGCUUCUCACUGGAGGUUUUAA